CAUCCUUCCCUGUUGAGCUCUCUCUCUAUUAUUUCAUUUCAUUUCUCUCUCUUUAUUUAUUUUUUCUUUCUCUUUAGUCUCUCUAUUUCUGCAUGGAGUUCGAUUCAAGUUUCAGAGAGGAUUACCCUUUUCUUUCUAGCCUUCUUGCUGAUAAUCCUCUCAGUAAUCCUGAGUUUAAAAAUGGGUUUUCUUCUCUUAUUGAUAACACAUCAUCGCCUUCUUUGAACAGGGGUUUAUUUGAGCUUGAUCAUGACUCGCUGAUGAACCCUGAAAGUUUUAACCAACUUAACAUCGAGGGUUCGUCGAAAAAUCCCUUUAGGGUUUCGAGGCCUAGUUUCGAUCCCUUCGAGGUUAAUACAAAUGUUUUUUCAGCUGAUCACGUUGUUGACUGCAAUCCUUUGAUGGCAAAUGGACUCUUGCAUGACUCAGAAAGAAGCGCGUUUUGGGCUCAGUCUGUGCCGGAAGCUCAGAUUUAUGAGCCUACCAAAUUUCAAGAGUUUGGAUCAGCCGCUGCAAGGCUUCCAGAUGAAGUCUCGUGCAUUACUGCCGAUCAAAACGCUACGUAUCAUCAGAAAGUUGAGCAGAAGAGGCACAAAAAGAUACAAACAAGAAGAAGCGGCAAAGCUCCGAAGAAGCACAGCCUAAUCAAAGGCCAAUGGACAGCUCAGGAGGACAAGACGCUGGUGCGGCUUGUAGGUCAAUAUGGUACAAAGAAAUGGGCACAAAUUUCUAAGAUGAUGAAUGGGAGAGUGGGGAAACAGUGUAGAGAAAGAUGGUACAACCAUUUGAGGCCUGACAUCAAGAAAGAAGCCUGGAGUGAAAAUGAAGACAUUAUACUGAUUGAAUCACACAAGCAAUUAGGGAACAGGUGGGCGGAGAUAGCCCGGAGACUGCCAGGUCGAACUGAGAAUACUAUAAAGAAUCAUUGGAAUGCUACCAAAAGAAGGCAGCAAUCAAAGAGAAAGAACAAAGACUCGACUCCCAAAAGCACCCUCUUGCAGAGCUACAUCAACACUGUCACCUAUUCAACUUCAUUUAUCAAAAAGGGCAAAAAACCCAUGAAGAAAACCAACGUACAACAACUGGUUAGCAACGCCAUCAUGCCCACUCCACAAAUUCAUCAAAUGGAGACCUCAGAUUUCAGAGCUGAUUGGCAAGUCCCACCAGCACCAGCAGCAUAUGAUCAAAAUGAAGCCAUGGGGUACUCGUUUGAUGCUAGCAUGUUGUGCGAGGGAUUCAACUUUGGGUCGAUGCUGGAUGAGGCGACUUGUGGGUCGAUGGUUGAUGAGAGCAACAAUGAGUUUGAGCUGCCAUUGGAAAUUGAUAGCUUCUCGCAGGAGGAUCAGCUGAGGAAGGAAAUGGAAAUGAUGGAGAUGGUGUGUAAAGGGCUUGCUGGAUAAGUAAUUUGACCUAGCUGUUGAAAUACACCAACGGGUCCAUGGAUGAUCUCCUUUUCAGUCCUUUGUCAAAGGGUAUAAGAAAAUGAGGAUGCCAUAGUAGAGAUAUAUCAUUUUCUUGGUGACUUGGAGUAAUGUAAAUGUUUGUAUGUUUGUUAUGCUUUUUAUUUGUGUUGAGCAUGGUUAUGCAUCCUUUUAACUUAAUUUUUAUUAAAAGUUU